GAGCGGGCGAAAGAACGCCGGUCUUGGGAAUCUUGGUGCCCUGUCCUCUUGCACUGAACCCCCUUGACGUGUGUAGGUCCGAGCUGGACAUGGAUCCGCAGCCAAGAUCGCCCUUGCUGGAAGUGAAAGGCAACGUAGAGCUGAAGAGGCCCCUGGUCAAGGCCCCUUCCCGGUUGCCUCUGUCAGGACACAGGCUUAAGAGGGGGCCUAGCCAGAUGGAGGAUGCCUUGGAGCCUGAGAAGAAAAGGACACGAGGCCUAGGCACAACAAUUAGAACUGCCACAUCCCGCCCCAGAGCAUCUGUCCUCACCACAGUGCCACAGACACAAGGCCAGACCACAGCUCCAAAACUUCCCAAGAAGCCAGGACCUCGAGGUUCCACAGCUGUUGCUCCAGUGUUGAAGAAUCAGAAGCCAGCCCCUGCUGUUCCUGCUCAGAAGCCAGGCACAGCUGCUGCUCCUUCUGCGCCGGGAGGAAAGAGACCCAGCAAACGUCCAGCCUGGGACUUAAAGGGCCAGUUAUGUGACCUAAACAUAGAGCUGAAGUGCUGUCGUGAGAGAUCCCAGACUUUGGAUCAGGAGAACCAACAGCUGCGGGACCAGCUCAAGGUGGCCCAGCAACAGGCCACUGCACUGGGGACAGAGCGCAGGACACUGGAAGAGGAGUUGGCCAGGGUGCGGGCCCAGGCUGAACAGGGCCAGCUGGAACUGAGGAAUUUGAAUGCCCGGGUCCUGGAGCUGGAAGAACGUCUGGGCACGCAGGAGGGCUUGGUACAAGAGCUCCAGAAUGAACAGCUGGAAUUGCAGGAGGAGCGGAGGAAACUGACUGCCCGCUUGGAGGAGCAGGAGAGGAGGCUGCAGGCAUCAGAAGCAGCUCUCUCUGGCAGCCAAGCAGAGGUGGCAUCUCUGCGGCAGGAGACUGCAGCCCAGGCUGCCUUACUGGCUGAGCGGGCAGACCGUCUCCAUGGGCUAGAGAUGGAGCGCCGGCGCCUGCACAACCAGCUCCAGGAACUCAAAGGCAACAUCCGUGUGUUCUGCCGGGUGCGCCCUGUCCUUCCCGGGGAGCCCACCCCGCUCCCAGGCUUCCUCCUAUUCCCUUCUGGCCCUGGUGGACCUUCUGAUCCUCCAACCCGCCUCAGCCUCUCCCGAGCUGAUGAGCGGCGUGGGACCCUGAGUGGGGCUCCAGCCCCCACCACCCGCCAUGACUUCUCCUUUGACCGGGUAUUCCCACCAGGAAGUGGACAGGAUGAAGUGUUUGAGGAGAUUGCCAUGCUUGUCCAGUCAGCCCUGGAUGGUUACCCAGUAUGCAUCUUUGCCUACGGCCAGACAGGCAGUGGCAAGACCUUCACAAUGGAGGGUGGGCCUGGGGCAGACCCCCAGGGGGAAGGGCUAAUCCCUCGGGCCCUGCGGCACCUGUUCUCUGUGGCCCAUGAACUGAGUGGCCAGGGCUGGACCUACAGCUUUGUAGCAAGCUACGUGGAGAUCUACAAUGAGACUGUCCGAGACCUGCUGGCCACUGGAAUCCGAAAGGGCCAAGGGGGUGAUUGCGAGAUUCGCCGGGCAGGGCCAGGGAGCGAGGAGCUGACUGUCACUAAUGCCCGAUAUGUUCCUGUCUCCUGUGAGAAAGAGGUGGAGGCCCUACUUCAUUUGGCCCGCCAGAACCGGGCUGUGGCCAGCACAGCCAAGAAUGAGCGGUCAUCACGAAGCCACAGUGUGUUCCAGCUGCAGAUCUCUGGGGAGCACAGUGGACGAGGCCUGCAAUGUGUGGCCCCCCUCAGUCUUGUGGACCUGGCUGGGAGUGAGCGUCUGGAUCCUGGCUUAGCCCUUGGCCCUGGGGAACGAGAACGGCUUCGGGAAACGCAGGCCAUUAACAGCAGCCUAUCCACACUGGGGCUGGUCAUCAUGGCCUUGAGCAACAAGGAGUCCCACGUGCCCUACCGCAACAGCAAGCUCACCUACCUGCUACAGAAUUCUCUGGGCGGCAGUGCUAAGAUGCUCAUGUUUGUGAACAUUUCCCCGCUAGAAGAGAACUUCUCCGAGUCCCUCAAUUCCCUACGUUUUGCCUCCAAGGUGAACCAGUGUGUUAUCGGUACUGCGCAGGCCAACAGGAAAUGAAGACCUAUCCAGAUUCUGAGUGUGGGUGUGGGAGGGGGAGGCAUUGAGGGAUGCUUCCUUGGGGGAGGGGGGUGCUGUAUUACUUGGGCCUAUCAGAUAA